UCAGGAGAGGUCGCUGGGCGAAAGGAGGUUGACGGCCUGGUGUACUACAAGAUCGAGUGGCAAGUGACUACAGAGCCGGCGAAAAAUCUAGAGAAUGCCCUGAGCCUCGUGAAGGAGUACUGGGAUAAUGUUCGUAGUCUCAAGUCUGGGAACAGGAGGGGCCAGGAAGAUGACAGUGACGAGAUAUAA